UUUACACGUUAGACUAGAGAAGCACGAAAACAAAUGUCAUGCGUUUAAGAAAUUGCUCAUGUGUCGUUUUGCUCUGUCGGUGUGGAGAAGAUGGCCCUGUUAAUCCAGGUUUAGAAGAUAUUAGGGAUAUUUUUCUGUUGAGGAAACUGGAGGACCUGAGCGUGGACGAGUUCCUGGAGUCGGGAUUCGACUUGGAGGACGAUGAGGACUACGAGGAGGAGAUGGCCGCCGGGCAGGAGGGGCCGAGCAAGAGGUCCGCAGAUCCCACAGCUGCCUCACAGGACAGGAGAGUCGGGAAGAAAGGCAAAGCCUCGGAGCAUAAGGAGCAGCUGAGCCGGCUGAAGAGCAAGGAUCCCGAGUUCUACAAGUUCCUGGAGGACAACGACCGGAAGCUGCUCAACUUUGAUGGCUCGGACAGCUCGGAGGACGAGGAGGACGGCAAAUACCACAAGCUGCCCGCCCACCUUGAGGAGGCCAGUUCUGAUGAAGGUGAUGAGGACGUAAAGCCAGCCGGAAAAUCCAAAAAAUCAGCUGAUGUGAUCAAAGUGACUGAGAAGAUGGUGGAGGAGUGGAAGGCAGGCAUUAAGAAGGAGCUCUCGCCGCGCCUGUUCCGGGAGGUCACGCAGGCCUUCAAAGCUGCCGUGGCGACGACCCAGGGAGGGGGGGGGGACCCCGGACGGUACAAGGUGGAGGACGGUUCAGUAUUCAACGCCCUUGUGUCAUUCUGCAUCAAGGACCUCUUCCUGCCUCUCCAGAAGAUGCUCCUGCUGAAGCCAAAUAAAGAUAAGAUGAAGCUGGUGCUCCCCUCCUCCAGCCCCAGGUGGCAGAAGGCCCAAACGGACGUCAAGAUGUACCUGGCAGGGCUCGUUCAGCUCCUGUCCUGUUUAACAGAAGCCUCUGUCAUCAGUGCCGUUCUCAAGCACGCCAACCAGAUGGUCCCCUACUACCUGUGCCUUCCCAAGCAGUGCAGACACUUCCUGAAGCAACUGAUCAAGCAGUGGAGCACUGGCGAGGAGACGGUCCGGGUCCUGGCUUUCCUGGCCCUCAACAAGAUCUGCAGACACAAGCAGGGUUCCUAUCUCUCCUCUGUCCUGAAGCACAUGUACAUAGCCUACGUGAAGAACUGCAAGUUUACUUCUCCCAACGUGCUUCCAGUCAUCAACUUCAUGCAGAGGACGCUGACAGAAAUGUACGCCCUGGACACUCAGGAGUCCUAUCAGCAGGGUUUCAUCUACAUCAGGCAGCUGGCCAUUCACCUGCGCAACGCCAUGACCAUGAAGAAGAAGGAGACGUACCAGUCGGUGUACAACUGGCAGUACGUGCACUGCCUGUAUCUCUGGUGCCGAGUGCUGGGCACGCUGCACCCCAGCGAUGUUCUGGAGCCACUCAUUUACCCACUGUGCCAGGUGAUCGUGGGCUGUGUGAAGCUGGUUCCCACAAUCCGGUACUACCCUCUCCGCAUGCACUGUGUGCGGGCCCUGAGCCUGCUGUCUGAGAGCACCAAGACCUUCGUCCCCGUCGUUCCCUUCUUGCUAGAGGUUUUCCAGCAAGUUGAUUUCAACAAGAAGCCGGGCCGCGUGAGCGUGAAGCCCAUUAACUUCGCUGUGAUCCUCAAGCUGUCCAACACCAACCUGCAGGAGAAGGCCUUCAGGGACGGCCUCAUCGAGCAGCUGUACGAUCUGCUGCUGGAAUACUUCCACACGCAGGCUUGCUCCAUAGGCUUCCCCGAGCUGGCCCUGACCACUGUCGUUCAGCUGAAAGCUUUCCUGAAGGAAUGCAAAGUGGCCAAUUACUGCAAGCAGAUCCGGCAGCUGCUCGAGAAGAUCCAGGAAAAUUCUGCCCACAUCACGAGCCGGAGACAGAGAGCCACGUUUGGUGUGGCUGACCGGGUGGCUGUGGAGGCAUGGGAGAAGCAGAUUGCAGAGGAAGGCACCCCCUUGACCAAGUACUACAGUCACUGGAAGAAACUCAGAGAGAAGGAAAUUCAAUUGGAGAUCUCUGGGAAAGAGAGGAUGGAAGACUUGAACUUGCCCGAGAUCAAACGCAAGAAGCUGCACGAAAGAAAAGAGGAAGACAAGAAAGAGUUUAAGGAUCUCUUUGAGUCAGACAGCGCUUCUGACGAUGAAAGCGUUGGAUUCAAAGUCAAAGCCAAGCAGCAGAAGACUGCAGGAGCGAGGGAGGCCUCCGACGACGACGACUUCUUGGCCGACCUGUCAGACAUGAGCAGCGAGGGUGAGGAAGGUGGAGAGGGAGAGUAUGAAGUGGAGGGAGACAGUGAUGAAGAAGACGCUUUUGGGGAAGACGAUGCAGAUGAGGAAGAGGAGAAGAACCAGCCAUCCAAGGGGAAGGCAAAGGCCAGGCCCCCGAAGAAGCUGAGCCAGCGCGACCUGGAGGAGCUGGGUCACGGCGACGAAGACAUGGUGGAGGACCUGGUGCUGUCAGAUGAGGAUUAACUGAGAUUUCCUUGUCUCAGUCUCCGUGAACUGUAGAGCACCUCUGCACAGCAGGUUUGCUGGGGGAAGGGGGACUUCCUGUGCUACAUUCACACCUCCAGCCCUGUAACCAAAACCGCGGGCUUACAGACCUGCGUGUGGUUUUGUAUUGUUUCAGGCAACUGCCUCCUGUAUUAUAUUUCCUGAUUGCCAUUGUUUUAUUUUUUUCUUGCCUAUGGUAAUUUAAACUUGUAUCUUUGCAAAUGAACAUUUCUUUCAUAAAAACACAUGGAGAAGAGGGCAGUUAA